UCCUCGGCUACAAUCAUGAUUUUCAAGAAACAUGCCAAAGGCCAGGAUUUGUUUGAUCAGAUCGUAUACCACUUAGACCUUGUGGAAACAGACUACUUUGGCCUCCAGUUCCUCGACUCUGCCCAGGUCACACACUGGCUGGAUCAUUCUAAACCCAUCAAAAAGCAGAUGAAAAUUGGACCUGCAUAUGCUUUGCACUUUCGAGUUAAAUACUAUUCUUCAGAACCAAACAACCUUCGAGAAGAGUUUACAAGGUACCUGUUUGUUUUACAACUCAGGCAUGACAUUCUUUCUGGAAAAUUGAAAUGCCCCUAUGAAACAGCUGUGGAAUUAGCUGCUCUCUGUCUACAAGCGGAGCUUGGGGAGUGUGAACUUCCAGAACACACACCAGAGCUUGUGUCUGAGUUUCGGUUCAUUCCAAAUCAGACAGAAGCAAUGGAAUUUGAUAUCUUCCAGAGAUGGAAAGAGUGCAGGGGAAAGAGCCCUGCCCAGGCGGAACUCUCCUAUCUGAAUAAAGCAAAGUGGCUGGAAAUGUAUGGGGUAGACAUGCACGUUGUCAGGGGAAGAGAUGGCUGUGAAUAUUCUCUUGGACUGACCCCGACAGGCAUAUUAAUCUUUGAAGGAGCUAACAAAAUAGGCUUAUUCUUUUGGCCUAAAAUUACCAAAAUGGAUUUUAAAAAGAGCAAACUGACCCUUGUGGUGGUGGAGGAUGAUGACCAGGGGCGUGAGCAAGAGCACACCUUUGUGUUCCGGCUGGACAGCGCCCGCACCUGCAAGCACCUGUGGAAGUGUGCGGUGGAGCACCACGCCUUCUUCCGCCUGCGCAUGCCGGGCAACGGGAAGGCCAGCAGAUCCGACUUCAUCCGCCUGGGCUCCCGCUUCAGGUUCAGCGGGCGGACAGAAUAUCAAGCUACACAUGGCGCCAGGUUACGAAGAACCAGCACCUUCGAGAGGAAGCCCAGUAAACGUUACCCAUCCCGGAGACAUUCCACGUUCAAAGCAAGCAACCCAGUGAUAGCCGCUCAGCUCUGCUCUAAAACAAAUCCUGAAGUCCAUAAUUACCAGCCUCAGUACCAUCCUAGUGUCCACCCAAGCCAGCCUCGGUGGCACCCUCACUCUCCAAAUGUCAGCUACCCACUCCCCUCCCCAGUGCUCAGCCCCUCGGACCGGCUGCCCUUUGGCAUCGAGGAGAAUGGGGGCGCACCGUUCCCCCCGAAAGCUUCAGGAAGGCGCCACCACCAGCAUCAUCACCACACCAGUUAUGGCCUCUCGCUGACCCUGGAAAACAAGGAGGGGCCUCUGAGGUCCCCAAACUCCAGCAGCAAGUCCCUUACAAAACUGAGUCCAGCAGCGCCUCCCCUGUUCAGCGAGGCUGCUGCCCAUCUGAAGAAGCUGGAACUAGAGACGGUGAAAGCUGCUGGACCCUGGCCUGCUCUUCAUAUCAACAUAAAUAAGGCUGAAGAAAAGAAAGUUGCAGAGAAGACACUGCAGACCCCGCUGCUACCUUCCCCGGUGGCGGACCAUGUGAAAUGUAACAUCCUGAAAGCACAGCUGGAGAAUGCUUCCCGGGCCAGUGCCCAGAUAGGAAAGGAGGAAUCAGCAUUUGUAAAUACCAAUAAGAAGUCAAGUCUUCAGGAUGCUAAUGUAAGGAGUCCUAUCCCUAUUCGUGUGGAAACUGCCCAGCCAGCUAUGGAAAAGCCAGAAAUCAAGCCUCCCCGAGUGAGGAAGUUAACAAGACAAUAUAGUUUUAACCGCAGUGAUGAAGACGACCUGCCCCCAGACCUGGCUGAGGCAGUGGGAGCAACCACAGCCACCACCACCAACACCACGACAGCUGCCACACACGUUGCAGUGCCACUGGCAUCCCCCAAAGUCCAGAAAGUCAGCUCACCUCAGAAGUCAGAAGGCAAGGGCCAGCAGUCCCCGGGGGCCAAGAGUCCCUCUGACCGAGGAGGUACCUUCACCUUGGAGCCUGGCGAUCUUCUGAUGGAUUUCACGGAAGCCACUCCUCUGGCAGAGCCCACCAGCAGCCCCCACUGUGCCCGCUCUCGCUGCUCUCCUUCACUCUCUCUCCCCAUGAAGGAAGAGACCACUGGAGUUUGCAUGUACCCUCCAAUCAAAACGAGGCUGAUAAAAACAUUCCCGGCUGAUACAAUGAGCCCGUUUCCUGAUCCUUUUACCACUGGGCCACAGUUUACCGCAGACUUUAGAGACAGUAAAUUACAGUGCUGUCCUGGCCAAUCUUCCCCACUGAUCCCAGCGGUGACCCUGCGGCCUUUGACAGAGACCGUCUCCACAGUACAGACCAUUUAUACUGCCCGGAAGCCUGUUUCUCUGGCAGCCAGUGCAGAGACACUCCGGCAGGAACUGGAAAGAGAGAAAAUGAUGAAAAGACUGUUGAUGACCGAACUGUGAAAAUCUCCUCUUACCGCCUGGAGGAUGGUGUGGUGCCUUCUGUCCGUUUCCUUUCUUCGGGCUUUGUGUGCUCACUUUAGCACAACAUACG